GUGUAUGUAUCCAAAGAUAGGAACUGGGUUAAAAAGAACUGUACUCACAAAUAACAAAAUAAAACAGAGGGUCAUGAAGGUUUUCUGUGGAAGAGCCAAUCCGACUACUGGAGCCAUGGAGUGGUUAGAGGAAGACGAGAAUUAUGAUUACCACCAGGAAAUAGCAAGGUCCUGCUAUGCAGAUAUGUUGAAUGACAAGGACCGAAAUGUCAAGUAUUUUCAAGGUAUUCGUGCUGCAGUUGGCAGAGUGAAAGAGAGAGGGGAAAAAGCCAUUGUCCUGGACAUUGGGACUGGCACUGGCCUCCUGUCCAUGAUGGCAGUGACAGCAGGGGCUGACUUCUGCUAUGGGGUUGAGGUCUUUAAGCCAAUGGCCCUCACAGCUAUGAAGAUAGUGGAAAAGAAUGGCUUUGGGGACAAAAUAAAGAUAAUUAACAAGCAUUCGACCGAAGUCACCGUGGGAUCAGACGGAGACAUGGAAUCUCGUGCGAACAUCCUGAUAACAGAGCUGUUUGACACCGAGCUAAUUGGGGAAGGGGCCUUGCCAUCUUACGAGCACGCUCACAAGCAUCUUGUACAGGAGGGAUGUGAGGCAGUGCCUCACAGAGCCACGGUGUACGCCCAAGUGGUGGAGUCGAAACGCAUGUGGUCAUGGAACAAGCUGUCUCCCAUUCCUAUCCAAGCGGAAAGUGGCCAGAAGACCAUUGUCCUCCCACCAGAAAUGGACGUUUGCCCCGGUGCGCCAUCGGUCUGCGACAUCCAGCUGAAUCAGAUGCCCUGGCGGGACUUUGUGCCACUCAGUGAAGUUCUCACUAUGUUCAGUAUAGAUUUCAGUAAGCCGGUCAGCAGAGCUUCUGCCUCCUACACCGUGAAGCUGAAACCCAUCAAGUCUGGCAAAGCCCAAGUGGUCCUCUCCUGGUGGGAGAUUGACAUGGACCCUGCUGGGUCCAUAAAAUGCUCCUUGGCUCCAUAUUGGGUACAAAGCCCUUUUGAAGAGAACCCGUGGAGAGACCAUUGGAUGCAGUGUGUCUAUUUCCUUCCAAAUGAGGAACCUUUGUCCCAAGGCCAGAGCGUGGACUUGACGGCUUUUCACGAUGAUUACUCUGUGUGGUAUAAGCUUCAGAAAAGCAGAAAUGAAGAAUCGAAGACUUCUGAGCACACCAAUAGGCCAGUGUGUGUGUGUCAGGCCCACCUGCUAUGGACCCGGCCACGGUUUGGAGAACUCAAUGACUGGGAUCGCACCUCUUGCUAUUUUCAAGCUCUGAAGAAAGUAAGAUUUACAGAAUCACCUGUGAUCUCCUGCCUUGAUGUCUGUGUUGCUCUGUUCACUAGGGAAAUGAUCCCUGUUUACAUUGCGGUUGCCCUCGGGGCUGAGUGGGUGUUUACGCUGGAGUGUUCUUCGCUUUCUUGCUCACUCAUGCAAAAAAUUUUUACGGCCAACCGUUUGGAAGAUGAAAUUACCAUUCUAGAAAAGCAUCCUGAAUUGUUAACCCCCUCCGAUUUUCAAGGCAGGAAGAUAUCCCUUUUAAUCGGCGAGCCUUUCUUCUCUACGAGCCUGCUGCCCUGGCACAAUUUAUAUUUCUGGUUUGCCCGGACGGCUUUGGAGAGCCAUCUUUCCCGUGACGUGACCGUCCUUCCCCAAUCGGCUUCUCUCCACCUGAUGACGGUGGAAUUCAAGGAUUUGUGGCGAAUCCGAAGCCCGUGUGGUACCUGUGAAGGUUUUGAUAUGCGCCUUAUGGAUGACAUGAUAAAGAAUUCCUUAGACUUCCGAGAAUCGAGGGAAGCCGAGCCCCAUCCACUUUGGGAAUACCCGUGCAGAUCCACCUCUGAUGCCCUGACAGUUCUGACCUUUGACUUCCAGCAAGCCGUACCAGAACAUCCUCUGAUGAACGAAGGCAUCAUAAACCUGUCACGGUGUGCAAAAAGUCACGGAGCUGUUCUGUGGAUGGAGUACCACCUGGCGCCUAACGUUUCCAUUAGCACAGGACUUGUGCAGGAUUCAAAUGAAAAGGACUAUUGUCAAUGGACCCCUCACUGCAAGCAGGCGGUCUAUUUCUUCAGUUCAGCACUUGAACCAGGUUCUCCUGCCAGCGGUCCCUCAGCAGUUGCGUAUGCUGUAAGUUUCGAUCCAGCGACAGGAGAGGUCAACAUGGACUUUAAACCCUUAAUUUAACACAGCCUCUUGUUGUGAUAUCAAAAGCAUUUAUCUCCCUUUUAGCUUGAUCAAUAAAUACAUCCACAGACGGC